UUUGUUGGGUUGUCAGUUUCCGGUCUUGUCAACUAUUCGCGUGCGCUGGCAGCAUCGCAAUCUUCUCACCAUAAUAAGCCUUGUUCUAUGAUACAGAACAAGCUUUCUUCCUCCAGAUCUGAAGAUUGCCAAUUAAACAUUAGCAUUUUUUUGGUGUUUUUAGUAGAAAUAACAGGAAAUAAUAUCGCAGUGCUGGUGCAUACGAGGCUAUCGACAAUUCGCUGAUUGUUGAGGUUAGUGUGCACUUUUGACAAGUGUGAGUUUGCUGGAUGGGCCCCCUGGACAAUUAGCAGCAACGGCUCUUGACAUCGGGACAGCACAGGGGGCUCUCGAUCACGGACUUGCCCAACAAUGGACAACUACGUGCAGAUCAAAGACAUGCGACCGGGACUGAAGAACAUCAACGCGGUGUUCAUAGUGCUCGAAGUGGGGCCCAUGACUCUGACGAAAGAAAACCGCGAAGUGCGGACUGUGAAAGUGGCGGACGCGUCAGCGUGCAUCAACACCAGCGUUUGGGACGAAACGGGCCAACUGCUCAACCCUGGAGACAUCGUGCGGCUGACCAAGGGCUACCUGAACAUCUGGCGCAACUGUCUCACCCUCUACACGGCCAAGGGUGGCGAGAUGCAGAAAAUCGGCGAGUUUUGCAUGGUGUUCAAUGAGCAGCACAACGUCUCCGAACCGAACUUGUUCGCACAAGUGGUCGGGGGGCCCGCCCAGAACAAUUUGGCGCUGAACAACGGCACGAACAAUGGUGCCGGCCGGGUGGGGCCCUCCACCGCUCAAGGCGGCGCAGUUACCACAACCAGUGCCCCGAUUCCGCUGAACAAUGUGCUGGGGGCUGGCAAGCCUGCUGCAAACAGCACCAACAAUGUGGCCAGGGCUUCGGGUAGUGCGGGCGCCCCUUCCUCUAAUGCCAACGAUGCCAAGAGGCAAAGGGGCUCGAGAGGCGGCCAGCAUCGGAAUAGGCAUACGCGGACAUAAGAGUGUGUGUUUUUCGCAGUGAUGCUCUUUAGAAUUAUGUGUUAACAGGGGAAACGCCCUAAUGAACGCUCUGUGUAAAAACUUUCCUAAUUAAUCGCCCUGGAUAGAAUGGGGGAAUCCGAAUUAUUCUCAGCUGGAGGCAGGUUUUAUCGGUUUCUUGCCCAUUUACGUGGUCGUAUGUUAUGUGUGUAGUUAAGCGGACUAUUACUGAUGGUGAUGGUGCGCAAUUAACUCUAAUGGACUUGAUAGUUUUCCAGUCAAUUAUGUGAUUAUGACCAUCGGUGGUAACAGAUCCGGAACGGGUAGAUGUUGCCCCUUGAUACCGCCCUAUAUCGAAUGACCUUUGCGAAUUCGUUAAUUGUUUCCGGCUAAAAAUAGUCGCGUUUCCAGUUUAGCGAAGAUCGAUAUUGCGCUCUUUUAAUAGAUCCGACUAGUUAAAGUGGCCGUGCCCAGCAGAGGCCUGUUAUGUUUUCGUCGACGUCGUCGCCGAGAUGAAAAGCUCAAGUUUGACCUCGUCGUUACCAGAUUUAGAACGUGAAGCGCGACGAACGCCGUCGAAAGCCCAUUAGUUCGAAUACGCUCGCCACAGUGCGACGAUUGAUCGUUAGUGCGGUUCCAUCUGGCAACUGG